GAGUUGCUCUGUGCGCUUGGCAGCCCUAGGUAAAACAGAGCUGAGAAGGCGGUGAACUUCCUGGGUCCUCACUGUCGUCGGCGGCUGGCUUUGCCCGAUUUAGGCAGGCUUUACUGCGGGAGGAUUCGAGUUAAUCAAAAUGAGCAGUCGUAAAACCAAGAAUACCAUAUAUGCAGAGUGUCUUUCACAGGUGCAAAGAAUUUUACGUGAAAGAUUUUGUCAUCACAGUCCACAUAGCAACCUGUUUGGAGUACAAGUACAAUACAAGCAUUUGAUUGAGCUACUCAAAAGAACUGCUAUCUAUGGAGAAAGUAAUUCUGUGCUCAUUGUUGGACCACGAGGAUCAGGAAAGACCAUGUUAUUAAAUCAUGCUUUGAAAGAACUCAUGGAAAUAGGAGAAGUGAGUGAAAAUGUGUUACAAGUUCACUUAAAUGGACUGCUGCAGACAAAUGAAAAAAUUGCUCUGAAAGAGAUCACAAGACAAUUAAAUCUAGAAAAUGUAGUUGGAGAUAAAGUUUUUGGAAGCUUUGCGGAAAACCUUUCAUUUCUUCUGGAAGCUUUGCAAAAAGGUGACCGGACUAGCAGUUGCCCAGUGAUCUUCAUCCUGGAUGAAUUUGAUCUUUUCACUCAUCAGAAAAACCAAACACUCCUUUAUAAUCUUUUUGACAUUUCUCAAUCUGCACAGACACCAGUAUCAGUUAUUGGCCUUACAUGUAGAUUGGAUAUUUUGGAACUCUUAGAAAAGAGAGUGAAGUCAAGAUUCUCUCACCGGCAGAUACAUUUAAUGAAUUCUUUUGAUUUUCCACAAUAUUUGAAAAUAUUUAAAGAACAAUUAUCUCUACCUGCAGAAUUCCCAGAUAAGGUUUUUGCUGAGAGAUGGAAUGAGAAUGCUCAUUGUCUCUCUGAAGAUUCAACUGUACUUGAAGUUCUACAGAAACAUUUCAGUGUCAACAAAAACUUGCAGUCAUUACAUAUGCUAUUGAUGCUUGCUUUAAGUCGAGUAACUGUAUCACACCCAUUUAUGACUCCAGCAGAUCUGAUGGAGGCACAGCAUUUGUGUAGCUUGGAUUCUAAAGCGAAUAUUGUACAUGGUCUGUCAGUCUUGGAAAUCUGUCUCAUAAUUGCAAUGAAACAUUUAAAUGACAUAUAUGAAGAGGAACCCUUUAAUUUUCAAAUGGUGUAUAAUGAAUUUCAGAAAUUCAUUCAAAGAAAGGCCCAUUCUGUUUAUAACUUUGAGAAACCUGUGGUCAUGAAGGCAUUUGAGCACUUACAACAAUUGGAACUAAUAAAACCCAUGGAAAGAACAUCAGUAAAUUCUCAGAGAGAAUACCAGCUAGUGAAACUACUUUUGGAUAAUACUCAAAUUAUGAAUGCUCUACAGAAAUAUUCCAACUGCCCUACAGAUGUUAGGCAGUGGGCAACAUCUUCACUAAGCUGGCUGUGAAGAUUUUAAUUAUAUUUCUGUGAAGACCUAAAAGUUCUACAUUGCUUUGUUUAUAAAUAUUGUUUAUGGGAAACUUGCUCUUAGUAUCUUGGCUGUGUUUUGAAUAAUGAUCAUGCAUGUACACAGGUUCAUUAAUUUAAGUUACACCACACAAGUAGCAGUUCAAAAGAAUAAAAUGUGCUUAUUUUAUGGAUGGUCCAUAAGA